GUGUGUGUGUGUGCGUGUGAAACAGGAAGCUGGCUAAGAAGCGUAAGGAGACGUUGAGCAGCACCAGGCAGGAGAUGACCCUGAUGGUGAACUCCCUGGAUAAGAGUUACACCGAGCAGGGUACCAACUGUGACGAGGCCGUCUCCUUCAUGGACACGCACAGCCACACUCUCAACGGACGCACUGUCUCCUCCCCCUCGUCAUUCACCAUGAAGACUAACACCAUCAGCACCACUGUGCCCAACUCCUACUACCCAGAUCCCUUUGUGCCAACCGCCAUCUUGGAUGAGAACCACACCAUGACCAGCGACACCAGCAGCCUGGUCCAGAGCCACAGCUAUAAGAAGCGUGAGGCGGGAGAGGUGCCCUACCAGACGGGCCAGCUGCACCCGGCCAUCCGCGUGGCCGACCUGCUGCAGCACAUCACUCAGAUGAAGUGUGCUGAGGGCUACGGCUUCAAGGAGGAGUACGAGAUCAAUGAGAGUUUUUUUGAGGGUCAGUCCGCUCCAUGGGACUCAGCCAAGAAGGAUGAGAACAGAAUGAAGAAUCGCUAUGGAAACAUCAUUGCAUAUGACCACUCCCGCGUACGCCUGCAGCCUCAGGAAGGGGAGACCACCUCUGACUACAUCAAUGCCAACUAUGUAGACGGGUACCACAGACCCAACCACUACAUCGCUACCCAAGGCCCAAUGCAGGAGACGGUGUAUGACUUCUGGAGGAUGGUCUGGCAGGAGAACACGGCAACCAUUGUCAUGGUGACCAACUUGGUGGAGGUCGGCAGGGUGAAGUGCUGUAAGUACUGGCCAGAUGAUACUGAGAUCUACAGAGACAUGAAGGUGACACUGAUAGAGACACAGCUGCUGUCUGAGUACGUCAUCAGGACCUUCGCUGUGGAGAAGAGAGGAGCACAUGAAAUCAGGGAGAUUCGUCAGUUCCACUUCACAGGCUGGCCGGACCACGGCGUUCCCUACCACGCCACCGGCCUGCUGGGCUUUGUACGCAGGGUGAAGACCAAGAGCCCUGCCAACGCUGGACCCAUAGUAGUACACUGCAGUGCGGGGGCUGGUCGUACAGGUUGUUUCAUAGUGAUUGACAUCAUGUUGGACAUGGCGGAGAGAGAGGGGGUGGUGGACAUCUACAACUGUGUGAGGGAGCUGCGCUCUCGAAGGGUUAACAUGGUCCAGACAGAGGAACAGUAUGUCUUCAUUCAUGACGCCAUCUUGGAGGCGUGUCUUUGUGGAGACACCACAAUUCCAGCCAAUCAGCUGAGGUCUGUGUACUACGACAUGAACCGCCUGGAUCCCCAGACCAACUCCAGCCAGAUCAAGGAGGAGUUCAGGACCCUGAACAUGGUGACCCCCACGCUGCGUGUGGAGGACUGCAGCAUCGCCCUCCUCCCCAGGAACCACGAGAAGAACCGCUGCAUGGACGUGCUGCCCCCAGACCGCUGCCUGCCCUUCCUCAUCACCAUCGACGGAGAGAGCUCCAACUACAUCAACGCUGCCCUCAUGGACAGCUACAAGCAGCCUUCAGCAUUCAUCGUUACCCAGCAUCCUUUGCCCAACACAGUGAAGGACUUCUGGAGGCUGGUCCUGGACUACCACUGCACCUCCAUUGUCAUGCUCAACGAUGUAGACCCUGCACAGUUGUGUCCCCAGUAUUGGCCAGAGAACGGGGUCCAUCGCCAUGGCCCCAUCCAGGUGGAGUUUGUGUCAGCUGAUCUGGAGGAGGACAUCAUCAGCAGAAUAUUCCGGAUCUACAACGCUGCACGGCCCCAGGAUGGGUACCGCAUGGUGCAGCAGUUCCAGUUCCUGGGCUGGCCCAUGUACCGAGACACGCCCGUCUCCAAGCGCUCCUUCCUCAAGCUCAUCCGGCAGGUGGACAAGUGGCAGGAGGAGUACGAUGGAGGAGAGGGACGCACCGUGGUGCACUGCCUGAAUGGUGGCGGGCGUAGCGGCUCAUUCUGUGCCAUCAGCAUCGUGUGUGAGAUGCUGCAACACCAGCGUUCUGUGGACGUGUUCCACGCAGUCAAAACACUGAGGAACAACAAACCCAACAUGGUGGACCUACUGGAUCAGUAUAAGUUCUGUUAUGAAGUGGCACUGGAGUACUUGAAUUCUGGUUAGCUGGGCUGAAGACACCCCACCCCCACACGGAGGCUCUGCCCCCGGCUGAAUGUGAUUGGAGGACACCUGGAUGCCCUGCUGACCUCUGCUACAGGAGUCUGUCCAACUGUAUAUGAGGAGAAGGAGGAGGAUGAAGAGGAGGAGUGUAGAUGUCUGUUAGGAACCCUGAAUUCUUUUGACUGCCCAUUUGAACAUGUAUAUUAUGAUGAUAGCUCAGACACACACACACACACACAUACUCACUUGCCCAGAUAACCCUAUCUGUAUCCUCUCCUUUAUUCAGCAGAACUUCAAACACACACACAACCGUUUGUACAGACCAAUGCUGUUUCCUUCUCCCUUCUUCUCCUCCCCUGUCCUCCCUCUCUCCUCUCCCCCAUCUAUCUUCUUCUCCUAUUUCCCUUACCAUGGGAAUACAAUGAUAUAACGUAAUGUUGAUAAAAUGUAUUUUUUUUAAUUUUCCAUACAUGUCUCAGUUUUAUCUCUUGCUGGUUUUAUAUGAUGAUGUUUUGUGGAUAUGAACUUUGAAACAGUAAAAGAUUAAAUGUAGAAAUGCUGAAGUAAAAGAAAAUCUGGCAUUAAGGAAAGAUGAGAGUGAUGAAAUGUUAGCGGCAUGGCGUUCGGCUGCUAUGACUACAAGCGUGUUGGUGAGACAGAGGGCAGGAGGGCCAACGCCAGAAGUCCGGUCAGGUGGCGCCCGGCGCGACUGUCUGUUCAUAGUGUAAAUAUUAUCUGCAGAUUAUUUAUUCCUGGAGUGUUUUUGUGAAGCACAUCAAGUGACAAUCAUGUUUUUUUUUCGGUCAUGAUUUAAAAAAAAUCUUGUUUCACAGACUUUUGUUGCAUAAUGUUGGCCAGAUGUAUUGUAAGCCUUUUAUUUAACUUGUAUGGAAUUAAACAAAACAAAGUUACAAAUACAGAUCUAUACAUACCAA